UCUCUCUCUCUCUCUCUCUCUCUCUCUCUCUCUCUCUCUCUCUCUCUCGCUCCAGACUGAAGUCUUAAGCUCCAUUCUCCCUCAAGCAGCUGUAAGAGUGACCCCUACAAAAAAGCAGAUAAUUGGACAGUGUUGCUCACUCAUAGCGAGAGAGAGACAGAGUGAAAGACAGAGAGCGAGACGCAGACGCUACGAGAGACAACGUUAUAGGAAUUUCCUAUAAAGGCUCUUGAUUUGAUGUCCGGGCAUCUGCGCUGAUGUAGAGUUUAAAAUCGUCCUGGACUGGAAGUGAACAUGAAGAGUUUCGGACUGUCCCAGCUGAUCGCCAUGACAACAGUUCUUCUCUGUGUGGGAAGUUCUGGUCUGGAACUCAGUCCAAGUGUUUCAGAAGUCAUCCUCAGCACAAACUCCUCCCUCAGCAUCACCUGCUCCGGCUGGAAUAACGUCACCUGGCGCUUCAACCGGGACGAGAACGUCCCACAAUUCCACACCCAGAUGCGCGGUCCCACCUCCAGCGUCCUGAGCUUAGAGAACGUGACGUGGAGACACACGGGUGUGUAUGUGUGCUCGGAGGACGCCACGCACGAGACCAGAGAGGUGGCUGUGUUUGUGCCCGAUCCUGAGGUGUGGUUUCUUGAAAAUGAGCACAUGAUGGUGACUAAGACGCGAGAGGAAGGCACAGUCCCGUGUCUGGUGACGGACCCGUGGAUAAACGCCACCCUGUACAAGAGAGACAAUGAGAUGCCAGUGAAUGGGUCGUACAACCCCAUCGUGGCUACACCGCGCCUGGAGGACAGAACAUAUAAAUGCAAAGGAGAACUGAAUGUGGAGAAAGACUCGAUGACCUUCUACGUCUUCAGCAUCUUCGUUCCCGAAGCGCUGGACCCCUUCAUCAACGCCUCCAAAACCAUCCUGAUACAGGGCGAGUCACUGGACGUUAACUGCACCGUUAACGGCGUGGAGCUCGUCUACUUCACCUGGGACUUUCCCAACAAAGACACGAGGAACAUUGAGCCCUUGACAGACAUAUUAUCCUCCAUGAGCAUGCGGUCCUGUCUCAACAUCACGGCCGUCACGCUGGCCAGCUCUGGAGAGUAUGCUUGUCACGUCCACGAGAGUAUACUAGACCAGAGAUCUUCAGCGAGUAUCAACAUCACAGUACUGGAGAGAGGUUUCGUGGCCCUGCGUUCACAUCUGGACCGGAACAUCUCGGCACAGCUCGGAGAAACCGUGCAGCUAAAGGUGGAGAUGGAGGCGUAUCCCAAACCCUCUGUGCGCUGGACUAGAGAUGGAACCGUUAUCGGCGGACACAACAUGAGACAGACUCACGAGACUCGGUUUGUCAGCACUUUGACUCUGGUCAGGAUUCGUCUUCAGCAGAUGGGACUCUACACAGUCAGCGCCCAAAACGAAGAUGAUGUUAAAGAGAUGACCUUUGACCUAGAGGUUAAAGUUCCUCCUCAGAUCACUGAACUCUCGGAUCAUCACCUGCCCGGGAAGAAGCACGCGGUCACCUGUGCGGCGGAGGGUGUGCCAUCACCCAGCAUCCACUGGUUCAGCUGUGACGGCAUGCCCAAGUGCAGUAACACGAGUGCAUUGUGGAGCCCUCUAGUGGAUGACCCAGAGAGUGUCACUAUCCACACCAAUGUCACAUAUAACAACUCACACAAGAUUCACCAGGUGCACAGUCAGGUGAUUCUCCUGCGGCCACAGAUGCUCACCAUCCGCUGUGAGGUGAGGAAUGAGAGAGGAGCCCGAGCCAGAGACAUCAGACUCGUCAACAACACACUGUUCUCUCAAGUGGCCGUUCUGGCCACUGUGUUAACGCUAGUGGUGAUCGCCAUCAUCUUCAUCAUCAUCCUCAUCGCUGUGUGGAGGAAGAAGCCGCGGUAUGAGAUCAGAUGGAAGGUGAUUGAAUCUGUCAGUUUGGACGGACACGAGUACAUCUAUGUUGACCCUAUUCACCUGCCCUAUGACCUCACCUGGGAGAUGCCUCGAGAGAGUCUGGUGCUGGGUCAUACACUGGGAUCUGGAGCGUUUGGCCGUGUUGUCGAGGCGACGGCAUAUGGUCUCGGCAGUGCUCAAUCAGCUACUAAAGUAGCAGUAAAAAUGCUCAAAUCAACGGCAAGAAGGAGCGAGACACAGGCUCUGAUGUCUGAACUGAAGAUCAUGAGUCAUCUCGGGCCUCAUCUGAACAUCGUGAACCUGCUGGGCGCCUGCACCAAACAAGGUCCUCUAUAUCUGGUGACAGAAUACUGUCGCUAUGGUGACCUGGUGGAUUAUCUGCACAGGAACAAACACAGCUUCCUUCAGUCCUUCGCAGACAAGAACCACAUCACCAACGGCGACAGCAGUCAGAUCUGUUACGAUACAGUUGAGCCAACAGGAAAAGAAUACGUGUCGUUCGGCAGUGAGUUUGAUGGAGGUUAUAUGGACAUGACUAAAGAUGAUCAGAUAGAAUAUGUUCCAAUGCAUGAGCUCACAGACUCGAUCAAGUAUGCUGAUAUCCAACCGUCCCCCUAUGAGUCACCUUACCAGCAGGACAUCUACCAGGAGCAAGAAAACACAGUGGAUAAUUCUUUGGUCAUCAGUGAUUCUCCGUCUCUCAGUUAUAUUGAUUUGGUGGGUUUCAGUUAUCAGGUGGCCCAAGGCAUGGAGUUCCUCUCAUCCAAGAACUGUGUUCAUCGAGAUCUGGCCGCAAGAAACGUGUUGAUCUGUGAAGGCAAACUGGCCAAGAUCUGUGACUUCGGUCUCGCCCGUGACGCCAUGCAUGACAACAACUACAUCUCUAAAGGAAGCACGUUUCUUCCUCUGAAGUGGAUGGCACCUGAGAGCAUCUUUCAUAAUCUCUACACCUCACUGAGUGACGUCUGGUCUUACGGGAUUUUACUGUGGGAGAUUUUCACUCUGGGAGGAACUCCUUAUCCAGAUCUGCCCAUGAACGAGUUAUUCUACAGCGCUCUGAAGAGAGGUUACCGCAUGGUCAAACCAUCAUACGCCUCCGAGGAAAUUUACGAGGUCAUGAGGAAAUGUUGGGAUGAGAAGUUUGAGAAGCGGCCCGAGUUCUCCUUUCUGGUGCACUCUAUGGGGAACAUGCUCUCAGACGGAUAUAAAAAGAGAUACUCUCAAGUGAACGACAGUUUUCUGAAGAGCGAUCACCCCGCAGUGGCGCGUGUGAAGCCGCGGGUCCCCUCUCCUUUUCCGGGCACCUUCUCUCCUGAGUCUCCCUUCUUACAGUUUCCUGCAGACUCGAACACAAGCCCAAACGCAGAUGCUCCGCAUAAUGAGUACAUCAUUCCCAUCCCUGACCCGAAGCCAGAGGAAGAGAUUCCAGACGGACCGGUGCCCGCCGAAAGCCCCUUGAGCUCCUUGAGCUCUGAUGAGGAGACGGUUUCCAUGGAAACCCCGAGUACUGAACCCGAGCGUGAGGAGCAGCUGCCGGAUCAUUCUGCAACUCCAGAUGUGGAGGAGAGCUUCCUGUGACGUCCAACUUCCUGUCUCUGAGUUGUGCAAAUUAUUAGAAGAUGAUGUACAUCGAUAGCAAACAAAUGUGCAUAAAUAGAGUCUGAGGAUCUGCAGGAGUUCCUCAUGUGACACACAUUAAAGCAGUUAUUCUGAAGCGCUGAAACUUCAGGAAACAUACAAUCAUGAUCCAUUUAAGGGCAUUUUAGUUUACUUCUGUACGAUAAUCUGUGUCCUGCUUAAAGGAUCAUCUGUGAAGGUUUGAGCCGAAUGACAUAUUUGAAGCGUUUGUUUUGUUUUUGAAUAAUCUGGUAAAUGCAGUAUUAUGAAGGGCAGUUCAUCUUUACACGUGUGCUUUUGUAAAUAUAUCUUCAGUGUUGAUGUUUAAGGACUCAAUGGGUUGGAUUGUGUUAUUGGAGGUUAUUAAAUGUUGCUGUUUUUUUGAGUUGCAAAUCGUUCUCCGCUGAACCUAUUCAGACAUUAUUCAAAGUGUAUUUUAGAUGAAGAUCCUUGUAGCAAAACUGCACUUUAAUGUUGUAUGGGUAAUGGAAGCAAAUAGUUUAUUCAAGGUAUAAGUGGGAAAGUAUUUGCCCCCCAUUUCUGUGUAUUUUUCAUGCUAAAUUGUUUUAGAUCUUCAAACACACAUAAAACAAAGGCAAUCUGAGUAAACAAAACACUCAGUUUUCAUAUAUAUAUAUAUAUAUAUAUAUAUUUUUUUUUUAAGCAAAAAAGUUAUCCAACACCUAUAUCACCCGUGUGAAAAACUAAGUGCCCCCUUAAAUUUAAUAGCUGGUUGUGCCGCCUUUUGUCUUUCGCAACGCUGUGGGGGAAUUCUGUCCCACUCUUCUUUGCAGAACUGUCCCACCAGAUGUAACGGGACCCCUGUCUUCCAAACAGUUCCACUUUCGACUCAUCAGUCCACAGAAAAGCUUUGAGGAUCAUCAAGGUGUGUUUUGGCAAAAUUCAGACGAGCCUUAACGCUCUUCUGGGUUGGCGGUGGUUUUCAGCCUGCCAGACUUCCAUGGAUGGCAUUAUUGCCCGGUGUCUUUCUGAUAGUGGACUCAAGAACAGGGACCUUUAUUGAUGCGAGAGGGGUCUGCAGUUCUUUGGAUGUCGCCCUUGGCUUUUUGUGACUUCCUGGAUGAGUCGUCGUUGUGCUCUUGGAAGAAUUCUGGAAGGUCGGCCACUUCUGGGAAGGUUCACUACUGUGCCGAAGUGUUCUCCAUUUGGAGAUAUUGUCUCUCACUGGGGUUCUCUAGAGUCCCAGAGUCUUUGAAAUAGAUUAGUAACCCAUCCCAGACUGAUGCAUUUCAAUCAGCUUUUUCCUCAACACUUCUGGAGUUUCUUUCGACCUUAGCAUAGCGUGCUAUGGGUGAGACCUUUAGCCAACUGCAGCUGAACUCUAAACAUAAACUCCAUUUAGGUGUUGAGUUGAUUGAAUGGGACUGGCAGUAAUCAGGUCUGGGUGUGUCUAGUCCAGCUGAACCCCAUUAUGAGUGCAGUUUCAGAGAUAUGGGCAUUUAAUAACUCAGGGGUCAAAUACUUUUUCACACGUGCCCGGUUGGUAUUGGAGAACUUUUUGCUUCAAUAAAUAACGUUAUCCUUUAUACACACAAAAACAGAAGGAAUCAGGAUGGGGCAAAUACUUUUCACAUGCAGCUAAAGUUCAAGUGCUGAAUUGUUUUAUUAGUACCACCCAAAUAAUACAUCUGCCAUCCUAACUGAACUGUCGAAGGUCCGAUUCUCGCACAACGCUUGAUGCAAACACUUCAUCAUGCAGUUUGAGGUGUGAUCUCACGGGUCUUGAUUUUAACACUAAUUGUUUGUAUGCACGAGGCCUUAUUAAAUUGCACAUUUCAGUACACAUAUUACAUAGUAACGUGACACUCUAAGGUACCAAAGCUUUAUGUUUGUUUACAAGUAUAUUUUUGUAGAGCUAUUUUGUACUUUGUUCUUUUACACUUACAUUAUACCAUGUACAAUCAAAAUAAAAACUGUGAUAAAGACUUUAA